AUGAGGAUGAAAAUGCCACGAGUAAUAACCGGGUUUCUUUUCAUCGGGCUCUUAUUGGCAUGUGACAGAGCGGAGAAGGGCGCUCCUCUCUGUCAGAUUUUGGGGAGUUCAGAGCUUCCUCUGCUGUCUAAAGCAGGAGAUGUGGUGGUCGGGGGUGCUUUCUCUAUUCACAGCAAAAUCACACAACCUCCACUUUCCUUUAGAGAGAAACCAACACCUCUAACUUGUUCCAGCAUCAACCUAAGGGAGUUCAGAUUUGCACAGAUGAUGAUUUUUGCUAUUGAGGAAAUCAAUAAAAGUACAUUUCUUCUUCCUAAUGUUUCUAUUGGAUAUCGGAUUUAUGACAACUGUGCAUCGACACUGACCUCAAUGCAUUCCGCAAUGGCUCUGUUGAAUGGUGAUGAGUGGACAAUGGGACAGAGUUGCUCUGGCCAAGCAGCUGUCCAUGCUAUCAUUGGGGAAUCGGAAUCUUCCUCAACCAUUGUGCUUUCACGCACUACUGGACCAUUUAAAAUACCAGUGAUCAGUCAUUCAGCAACGUGCGAGUGUUUGAGCAACAGGAAGGAGUAUCCUUCUUUCUUUCGAACCAUUGCUAGUGACCUCUAUCAAGGCCGUGCUCUUGUCCAGCUGGUUAAACACUUUGGCUGGACGUGGGUCGGGGCAGUCAACAGUGACAGUGACUAUGGCAACAAUGGCAUGGCCAUCUUCCUGGCUGCUGCCCAGGAGGAAGGAGUGUGUGUGGAAUAUACAGAGAAAUUUAGCCGACACGAACCAGAAAAACUCCUGAAAGUGGUGGAAGUGAUCCUAAAGAGCACUGCUCGGGUUAUUGUCUGCUUCCUGGCUCACGUGGAAAUGAACAAUCUGUUAGAGCAGCUGAGUCGGCUCAACAUCACGGGCCGACAGUUCAUUGGUGUGGAGGCCUGGAUUACCGCUGACAGCCUUGUUACUCCUACAAGUUUUAAUGUGCUGGGAGGCUCACUGGGCUUUGCUGUGCAAAAAGUUAAUAUUAGUGGUCUAGAGGAUUUUUUAGUUAAAGACUUCUGGGAAUCAGACCUCCAAUGCAAUGAGAUGAAUACGGACAGUAUGAUAAAAAUAUGCAAAGAAAACCAGGACUUACUUGAGUUUAGAGGUUAUAAUGAGGAUGUGGCAGAGCUGAGAUACUCAAAUAACAUAUAUCAAGCCAUCUUUGCUGUGGCUCACGCUCUGCACAGCAUCCUGAGAUGCUCAGAAAGUCAAGGGUGCGAUAAAACAUUGGAGGUCAAGCCUUGGGAGGUAGUUGAGGCUCUACAGCAGUUGAAUUUUACAAUGAAUAAUGGAGACCAGGUGUGGUUUGAUCACACAGGAGGAGCUUUUGCGAAGUAUGAAGUGGUGAACUGGCAGCGUGGAUCAGAUGGAUUGAUUCAGUUUAAACCGGUUGGUUACUAUGAUGCUUCUCUGCCUUCUGGACAGAUGUUAGUUCUGAAUACAGAAGCUAUAACGUGGCCUGGAGGAAGCAAGGAGUUGCCUGCUUCAGUGUGCAGUGAAAGCUGUCGACCAGGAACUCAUAAAGUCCUUCAAAAGGGAAAACCCAUCUGCUGCUAUGACUGUAUACCAUGUCCUGUUGGGGAAAUUAGCAACUCAACAGACUCUAAUGACUGCAAAAAGUGUCCUGAGGAAUUUUUAUCCAAUCAGAACAGAGAUGCAUGUGUACUCAAACUUAUUGAGUUCCUCUCAUUCAGUGAGGUCAUGGCUAAAAUCCUUGUGUUUUUCACCUUGUUUGGUUUGCUCCUGACCUUCAUGGUAGCUGCUCUGUUUUUAAUCAAUAAAGACACACCGUUGGUGAAAGCCAACAACUCAGAGCUGAGCUUCCUGCUGCUCUUCUCCUUGUCUUUGUGUUUUUUAUGCUCUCUGACCUUCAUCGGCCAGCCCACAGAGUGGUCCUGCAUGCUGCGUCACACGGCGUUUGGCAUCACCUUUGUCCUCUGCAUUUCCUGUAUUCUCGGGAAAACCAUGGUGGUUUUAAUGGCUUUUAGAGCAACGCUUCCAGGCAGCAAUGUGAUGAAAUGGUUUGGGCCUGCACAGCAGAGACUCACUGUUUUGUUCUUCCCCUUCAUACAGCUCAUAAUUUGCACCCUGUGGUUGAGGAUAAACCCCCCUUUUCCUUUUAAAAAUGGGAGUUACUAUUUGGAGAAGAUAAUUCUGGAAUGUGCUCUGGGGUCAACUGUCGGCUUCUGGGCUGUCUUAGGAUUUAUUGGAUUUCUUGCUUUGUUGUGCUUUGUUCUUGCUUUUCUGGCCAGAAAGUUGCCAGACAGCUUCAACGAAGCCAAAUAUAUUACUUUUAGCAUGUUGAUCUUCUGUGCAGUGUGGCUCACCUUCAUCCCAGCAUAUGUCAGCUCUCCUGGGAAGUUUACUGUUGCCGUGGAGAUUUUUGCUAUUCUGGCAUCAAGUUAUGGAAUACUGUUUUGUAUAUUUGCACCAAAAUGCUUCAUUCUUGUAUUUAAACCUGAAAUGAACACAAGAAAACACAUGCUUGGAAAAGCAUAGUUAAUUCAGCAAAAAAAAAAAGCUAAAUCUGUUCUUAAAAUUGCUUUUCUGUCACGCUGAAAAACUGUGCAGAUCCUGGAAAUGAUUCUGAUUUGACAUAUUUUUAUAAACCAAAUAACUUAAAAGAAUGUGCUCUGGUUUAGGCAGGCAAAUAGGGAUUUAAGAAAAUAUCGAUAUGACAAUAUAUUGUGAUUUUUUUCCCUGCAAUAUUAUAUCGAUCUUCAAAAGCCA